GCGGACAGUUGCGCCUCAGACGUAGCCUCAUGAACACAGUACAACAGUUCAAUUCAAUAUGUCUUGGAUAAGUUUUGCGUUGUUAACAUUUUGGUUUCAAUUAGCCGAAUUUACUGAUCCGCCGUGCCUGAUAGAUCUGGAAUGUGCGGAAUGCAUUCCCGAUAACAUGCCCUUAGUGACGUCACAUCGAGCUACGAACGGCACCUUCAGGAUUGCGUCAGGCGAUGAAGUGGUGCUGGCAUGUUACGGAGGCAAGUUCCUGAUGUACCCGCUGCAGGAGACCUUAACCACUGUCUGUGAGAUAGGUCGUUUUAGAGUGCGCAAGGAUGCGAAGUUGCGCCAUUUGCUCGAGCUGGGUUGCCAGGAAAGUGUUUUCGAGGAUGUCUUGCAUUCGGUUGAGCAUUGCGGAGCUCCAUUUCAAGGUCGUGCGUACCAGACUCAGGAGCCAGGCUCACGCAGCGUGCGCCAUCUCGCCACCGUCUGCUUCGACGAGGACCGCGCCAUCGCCCUCCGACUCCACAUCACAAACGCACCCAGGAACCAUCUCCGCAUGGCUCCCCACACCGAACAUACGGGCCCACUCAGCAUUCUUGGCAACUUUAACCACAUGUUCGACGCAAAAACUCGUCACGACGCAGAAAAACUUUACUCAGACGACGUCAGGAUGAACAAACGACUUCAUGAACUUUUGAAGCACGACAAAUUCUCGUUUGCGGAUCAAAGUCUGACUUCAGCUAAAAUUCUGAGCAGCCAUUACUUCGACGAUCAAAACAUGAGAGUGACUGAUUUCGUAUCGAACAGGAUCGCGGUGUGGAGGAGCGUGGCUCGGGGCAACUUGCGCAGUCUGCAUCAGGACGUCGCCAAGUUCCUGGAGUCCAUGCGGUCGCAGGCCGAGGUGCACCUGUACAGCGGCACGCACGGGGUGCUGGCCUUGAGGACGGGGCACCAGCCCACCGAGAUAUUCCUCAAGGCCGGGCGCAGGUUCCCCGUGCCUAAGUACAUCUGGACAGUGGUCCACGUCAAGGAGCACAAGACCGCGACGGCGAUCGUCGUACUGAACGACCCGUACGUCGCCGUUAGCGAAAUUAGGAGCACAGUAUUCUGCGAGAGCGCUUGCGGAAGCAUUCCCUGGCUCCACGAGCUGAGGAGAAACCGCAACUACGAGAGUCCGGUCAACGGCUUGGUGUUCUGCUGCGACUUCCGAAGCUUCACCGAUGUGGUGACGGAAAUGCCGAAAGAUUUACUGGAGGUGCUUCCCGGGGUCGCAGGAAUGUUGACUAAUAAAUUUCCAAUGAACUAAUGUAAUGUAAAUGAGACACCUUAGUGAUGAUAAGAGUUUAUUAAAAAACGUAUCAUAGACAAUU